AUGGGAAAUUGCGGAACCAGAGAGGAAUCUGCCGUAGUUUCCAACGCCCAAGUUCAGCAGCUUCACCAUGCGACGUCGUUGGGCGCGAGUGCAAGGAGCCAGAAUGCCGGUAGCGAGAAGAAGCAAGGUCAUGGUCACGGUCACAGGCACAAUCUGAGCGAGUGCGCUUCGGAUCUGAGCGAAGCGUGUUCGACACCGCGCGGUAACAAUAGCAACAACACGCACGUGAUAUCCUUCACGCUCUACGAGUUGGAGACCAUAACAAAGAGCUUUCGCGGAGACUACAUCCUCGGCGAGGGAGGGUUCGGCACCGUUUACAAAGGUUACAUUGAUGAGAACGUCAGAGUGGGACUCAAAUCGCUUCCUGUAGCGGUUAAGGUUCUGAACAAGGAAGGAUUACAAGGACAUCGAGAGUGGCUUACGGAGGUGAAUUUUCUUGGGCAGCUAAGGCAUCCUAAUCUAGUGAAGUUGAUUGGGUACUGCUGUGAAGAUGACCAUAGGCUCCUUGUGUACGAGUUCAUGUUCCGAGGGAGUUUGGAAAAUCACUUAUUCCGAAAGGCAACUGUCCCUUUAUCAUGGGCUACAAGAAUGAUGAUUGCUCUUGGAGCUGCCAAAGGACUUGCAUUUCUCCACAAUGCUGAAAGGCCAGUGAUCUACCGUGACUUCAAAACGUCUAAUAUAUUAUUGGACUCCGAUUAUACAGCAAAGCUUUCUGAUUUUGGACUAGCUAAAGCAGGACCACAAGGUGAUGAAACCCAUGUAUCCACUCGAGUCAUGGGUACAUAUGGUUAUGCUGCCCCUGAAUAUGUAAUGACUGGCCACCUGACGGCUAGAAGUGACGUCUAUAGCUUUGGCGUUGUUCUUUUGGAGCUCUUAACAGGAAGGAAAUCCGUCGACAAGACCAGACCUGGCAAGGAACAGAGCUUGGUAGAUUGGGCAAGGCCAAAGCUAAAUGACAAGAGAAAGCUGCUACAAAUAAUUGAUCCCAGAUUGGAGAAUCAAUACUCAGUUAGGGCUGCACAAAAAGCAUGUAGCUUGGCUUAUUACUGUUUAAGUCAAAAUCCCAAAGCGAGGCCCCUAAUGAGCGAUGUAGUUGAGACAUUGGAACCCUUACAAAGUUCCAGUAUUGGUGCAGGUGAAGUCUCAUUAUUAUCUGGUUCAAAUAAUGGGAGUGCUGGGGCUUUCGCCAUGAACAAAAUCUCUGAUUACCGUAUGCGUCAAAGGUUUUCAAACAACGUUGGUCCUGGUGCUACUUGUCGAUCUCCGAACCCAAAUUGUUCACCAGGUGCCCCAGCAGCACUACGGGUGAGAUGA